AACGUUUCUCUCUAGCUAGACCCUCAUUCUUAUGAAGGUUCAUCCUUAAUUGGUUUCAGUACGUAAUGCAUGCAGUUGCAGCUUAAAGAAGGCCCUAUCCAUGAGAACACGCAGUAUUAUGUUAUGUAUUGGGGACUUGUAAAAUAGGAUAGAGAUUAAAGGCUUUGGGGUAUGUAUAGUCUAGCUUCGAAAGGAAAUUACGAUGCUUUGGAACGUGGUUAAUCCGCCGAAGAACCUUCCGGCUGAAGACAUUUCAGGCCUAAGUACUGCUCAAACUCUUGAAUUAUGUGAUCCUGAAGUACUAUUGUUCCAUGACCCACUCCAAAAUUCAGAAGUUACUUCCACUUCUAAUUGUUGCCAAGAAGAUACUGGUCACUUUUUCAAAACCACAGACAAAAAUGGCACCGAAAUUACCGCGGCCACCACCGACGGUUGCAGCCUCCCUGAAUUAAUCUUUGACAAUGACAUUUAUGUAUCUACAGAUUUUGCCCUAUCAUCUUUCAUACCACCAAUAUUUCCCAACAAUUACCAAGAAGACCAACUGUCUUUGCUUGACCAAUCUCAGUCCUUAUCACAAGAAGCUGCUGUUGUUAAUGGGCUUCCAGCUUAUCCUCCUGAUGACCAUUUUGCCCCCAUUGUGAGGCCGGGGCCUACAAUAUUAAUGCCUUCCCUUUUGAAGGAGGGAUGCUUGUCCUUGAUGCCAGCUAAUUCUUACAUUAGGUUGAGCUCUUUUCUUGGGUCUGCAAAUACAGUAGUGGGACCAUAUUUACCAUGCAAUUUGAGUAGUGCAGUACUUUCUGAUGAUAAUUCUGGGAUUUUCAAUGGGAGUACUGACUAUGUGGGAACUAGACUAGUUCAGAAUCAAGACUUGGAAGUACUCCAAGGAGAUAAUGGUGGAAUUUUCUCUUCAGAUCCUUUGCCUGGGAUUUACGACUCUAGUGGACCUUUGCCUGGGAUUUAUGAUUCUAGUACUGUGCUACAGAAGGCCGCACUUAGCAAUGAGAGACAACAUGCUGUGAACGACGGCGGGAGUUCUACUCCGUUGGAUACCGGCAUCUCGAGCUUGGAGGAUUCCGCAAUCAAGGCUGCAGCCAAAUGCUCUGUUGAAGAGAGGAAGGACAAGAUCCAUAGGUACUUGAAGAAAAGGAAUGAGAGGAAUUUCAGCAAAAAAAUCAAGUAUGCAUGCCGGAAAGCCCUAGCAGACAGGAGACCACGAGUUAGGGGAAGGUUUGCUAGAAAUGAUGAAUUCGUCUGCCAUGAAACCCCUAGAGGAUCUUAUAAUGGCAACAAUGAAGAGGACACAGAUGAAAACUCCAUACAGGUCGUUGCGGAAGAAGACGGUACGGUGGAUUCCUCGAAUUUCUUUGCUCAUCUCGGCGGUGUCGAUUCCUUCAAAUGCAACCAUCCGACUCAAUCUACUUGGAUUUGAUCAUCAGCCGUAUGCCAACCAUUAAAAACCCGAUCAUCGGCUUUAUACGACAAUAGCAGUGGACUCGAUCCCGUUGAACAGCACCAUCUUCGACGAAAAUCCUGACUUCGCCACUGCUCGAUUUUGGACAACUCUUUUAAACCAGGAUACGUGUGAAUC